AUGCAAACAGCCCUACUGAGUCUUUUCUCCCUGUUGGUCGUCCUCCCAUCUGUUUCUGCUAGUAAAUGGUCGUCGCCCGCUGAUUUACUCCAAUUUGAAAAUCUCGGUUACUCGGGCUACUAUUAUCCCGUCACAAAAAUUGAGGCAUUGGAUAACGGUAACUGUUCCUGUGAGAAGGGUCAUCCAUUCACCUUCAGUGGACCUUUGGCUCCAUUGAAUGAGGAACUGACAGUCCAUUUCAGAGGCCCAAUGAACUUGAAGAAGUUUGCCUAUUAUGUCACACCAUCUUAUGGAGUCAAUCAAACUACAGGUACUUGGGAGAGAAAGGCAUAUUAUGAUGCGUCGAGUGGAACUGCCAAUAACGUUACUUUUUUGGCAAAUUACGGUCACGAGAAUGAAUGUCUAGGAAAUGCAGCGGACUAUGUAAGUUCUGAUGGAUUAAAGAAAUCUAAUGAAUCUGUUGUCUUGGAUGAUGUCACCAUUCCUUCUGCUAAAGAAUUUGCCAUUGCUUCCGAUAUCAAAUGUGAUGGUGUAGAAGAUUGUGGUGCUUAUAGAACCGAUGGUCAAGCUUAUCAUGGUUUCUAUGGUGUUAAUAAGAUGUUUUUAUUUGAAUUUAAUGCACCUUCUGAUACAAGUGAAGAUCAUAAGAAAAAUAAAACCGAUGGUUAUGAUAUGCCUGCCAUUUGGUUGUUGAAUGCUCAGAUUUUAAGAACUUCUCAGUACCCUCUAAAUGGUAACUGCUCCUCUUGGAAUAGCGGUUCUGGAGAAUUCGAUAUCUUUGAAGUUAUGAAUGUCACAGAGAGAAACCAUUUCUAUUCAACCAUCCACACUUACCAGGGAACUGAUGAUAUUGGAACCGGUAUUCAAAAUUUCGGAUUCUUAGAGAGAACCCCUGGCUCUACGAUGAAAGGUGGUGUUGUUUUCGGUGAAGAUAGUAGUGCUACUGUUUUCCUCUCUAAUGACACUUCCAUUGACUCCUCAAUCGACAAUAGCGAUUUGAAUAGCUGGAUAUUGCCAUUGGCCAAGGAAGUGGACUCGGAUGAGACACUCUCCUCCAUUACAAUCAGCCCUCCAUCUUUGGCUACAUCGACUUCGGCAACAGGCUCAUCAGUCUCAUCCAUCUCCAAAACUAAAAAGAAUGAUGCUGCAGAUCUCGCUCCUACAAGAGUUAUGGCCUCCCUGGGUGCCCUACUCGGUUUACUCUCUCUUUGGUAG